GCGGCUCCCUAGGGAGGCGGAGAUGCUCUCGCUGCAGCCCGGCCAACCGCGGCCGCAGCAGCCGGGCGCCGCGGCGGCGCCGGUGGUGCUCGGGGGCGCCGCCGACUGGCUAGGGUUCGUCCGCGCCGCCGAGCUCGAGGAGCCGACGGGGGCCCCGUCGCCCGCCUCGUUCCUGCUGCCGCCCGCGCCGAUCGACGCCAGGGCCCAGGCCCAGCCCGAGCCCAAGCCAAAGCAGCUUGGGGCUGUUGAUGUAGAACGCCAUUUGGCACUUGCUCAUCAGAAUUACCGGUCUGGAAAGUAUAGAGAGGCAUUAGAGCAUGGUAACAUCGUUUAUGAGAAGAGUCCACGACGGACUGAUAACUUGCUUCUUCUUGGAGCUAUUUAUUAUCAGAUACGCAAUUAUGAUAUGUGUAUUGCAAAGAAUGAGGAGGCUCUUGCAAUUGAUCCAAACUUUGCAGAGUGCUAUGGCAACAUGGCCAAUGCAUGGAAGGAGAAAGGUGAUGUUGAUCUUGCAAUCCGUUACUAUCUAACGGCCAUUCAGCUGAGGCCAAACUUCUGCGAUGCUUGGUCAAAUCUUGCUAGUGCAUAUACACGGAAAGGGAGAUUGAAUGAGGCAGCUCAAUGCUGUAGACAAGCACUUGCAAUCAACCCUCGAUUGGUUGAUGCGCACAGCAAUCUUGGUAAUCUGAUGAAGGCCCAAGGUUUUAUUCAGGAGGCAUACAAUUGUUAUAUUGAAGCACUACGUAUAGAUCCACAGUUUGCAAUUGCAUGGUCGAAUCUUGCUGGCCUAUUCAUGGAGGCAGGCGAUCUGGAUAAAGCUUUACUAUAUUAUAAGGAAGCUGUUAAACUUAAGCCAUCUUUUGCUGAUGCAUAUCUCAAUCAAGGGAAUGUUUAUAAGGCCAUGGGAAUGUCUCAAGAAGCCAUUAUAUCAUAUCAGCGUGCAGUGCAGGCACGUCCUGACUAUGCAAUGGCUUACGGUAAUCUUGCUACCAUUUACUAUGAGCAAGGCCAGCUUGAUAUGGCAAUUCGUUGUUACAAUCAAGCUAUAGUCUACGAUCCACAGUUUGUUGAAGCAUACAAUAACAUGGGUAAUGCACUUAAAGAUGCUGGAAGAGUGGAAGAAGCAAUUAGCUGCUACAGAUCAUGCCUUGCACUGCAAGCAAACCAUCCACAAGCUCUUACUAACCUAGGAAAUAUUUAUAUGGAGUGGAACCUGAUAAGUGCGGCUGCUUCAUUUUACAAAGCAGCAAUAUCUGUGACAUCUGGGUUAUCUUCUCCUCUUAACAACUUGGCUGUGAUAUACAAGCAACAGGGAAACUAUGCUGAUGCUAUCACAUGCUAUACUGAAGUACUUCGGGUAGAUCCUACAGCAGCUGAUGCACUAGUUAAUAGAGGGAAUACAUUCAAGGAGAUCGGUAGAGUUAACGAAGCAAUUCAGGAUUACAUUCAAGCUGCAACAAUCAGGCCAACCAUGGCAGAAGCCCAUGCCAACUUAGCCUCAGCUUAUAAAGACAGUGGACAUGUUGAAACAGCUAUAGUUAGCUACAAACAGGCUCUUCGUUUGCGUCCUGAUUUUCCUGAAGCAACCUGCAACCUUUUGCAUACUUUACAGUGCGUGUGUGAUUGGGAAAACAGGAAUUCCAUGUUUUGUGAUGUUGAAGAAAUUAUCAGAAAGCAAAUAAAGAUGUCAGUACUUCCAAGUGUGCAACCUUUCCAUGCCAUCGCAUAUCCCAUUGAUCCCAUGCUUGCAUUAGAGAUAAGCCGUAAAUAUGCUGCUCAUUGUUCCUUGAUUGCUUCGCGUUUUGGAUUGCCACCCUUUGUGCAUCCACCUCCUGUUCCAGUCAAAGCAGAGGGUAAACACUGUCGACUAAGGGUUGGAUAUGUGAGUAGUGAUUUUGGGAAUCAUCCCCUCUCCCAUCUCAUGGGUUCAGUCUUUGGAAUGCAUGAUCGUGACAAUAUUGAGGUCUUUUGCUAUGCGCUGAGCCAAAAUGAUGGUACUGAGUGGAGGCAGCGUAUUCAGUCUGAGGCCGAGCAUUUUGUGGAUGUGUCUGCCAUGACCUCUGAUAUGAUUGCCAGAAUCAUUAAUCAGGACAAAAUACAAAUAUUAAUAAACCUCAAUGGUUACACAAAGGGUGCUAGGAAUGAAAUUUUUGCACUGCAACCGGCCCCUGUCCAGGUUUCAUACAUGGGGUUCCCUGGCACAACAGGUGCUGCAUACAUAGACUACCUAGUUACAGACGAGUUUGUUUCACCAACUUGCUAUGCACAUAUAUAUUCUGAGAAGCUCGUCCAUCUGCCUCAUUGUUAUUUUGUCAAUGACUACAAACAGAAAAAUCGUGAUUGUCUUGACCCUAUAUGCCCACAUAAAAGAACAGAUUAUGGGUUACCUGAGGAUAAGUUCAUCUUUGCAUGCUUUAAUCAGCUUUAUAAGAUGGAUCCAGAAAUAUUUGAUACAUGGUGCAAUGUUCUCAAACGUGUUCCGAACAGCGCCUUAUGGCUUUUAAGGUUCCCAGCAGCAGGUGAAACUAGAAUAAGAGCACAUGCCGCUGCGAGAGGAGUCAGACCAGACCAGAUCAUCUUCACUGAUGUUGCUAUGAAAAAUGAGCAUAUUAGGCGCAGCUCAUUGGCAGACCUUUUCCUGGACACCCCUCUCUGCAAUGCGCACACUACUGGGACUGACAUAUUGUGGGCUGGCUUACCAAUGAUCACACUUCCACUUGAGAAAAUGGCAACCAGAGUAGCUGGUUCCCUAUGCUUAGCCACUGGGCUAGGGGAAGAGAUGGUUGUCAGCAGUAUGAAAGAGUACGAAGAUAGGGCGGUAGACCUCGCUGUAAAUCCGGGAAAGCUUCAAGCUUUGACUAAUAAGCUGAAGGAAGUUCGUAUGACUUGCCCACUAUUUGAUACGGCCAGAUGGGUACGCAACCUCGAACGUGCUUACUACAAGAUGUGGAACCUGUACUGCUCCAGUCGCCACCGAGAGCCGUUCAAGGUGAGGGAGGACGACACUGAGUUCCCGUUCGACCGCUGACACGCUUACACCACCGGCUGUGUAAAUAAGGUGAGAGUUUGUAGCAUAUGUAGCAUAUGUAGCUCAAUGAGAGUUUGAUGCAAGCCUGUCGUGCUGUGCACAUCCAUCCGCCUCUUCUUCGGAGGCGAGUUAUCCGUGUACACUACUUACCAAAAGGAUUCUAGGGCUAGUCUGUGUUGUCAUAAUUGUUUGUACCAGUUUAGUCGGAGUCAUUGUUGGCCCUGGGUGGUUCGCUUUGCCUUGUAGUAUACUAUUUACCGUCUUUGAGGGUGUUGCCGCGAUGCCAAAGAUAAA